GGAUUGAAAGUGAACCACAAUGGCGGCUGUGAUCUCAGAUGGUCCUCCAAACCCAAGAUGCAAAAUCAUGAUUUUUAGACCUUCGAUGGAUGAAUUCAGGGAUUUCAACAAAUAUUUAGUGUACAUGGAAUCACAAGGUGCUCAUAGAGCUGGAGUUGCAAAGGUUAUCCCACCAAAGGAGUGGAAGCCAAGAAAACAUUAUAAUGAUAUUGAAGAUUUGAUAAUUCCUGCUCCAAUACAGCAGAAGGUCACUGGCCAGUCAGGGCUCUUCAUACAGUACAGCAUCAAACAAAAGCCAAUGACAGUGAAGGAGUUCAAGCAGCUGGCCAACAGUGACAAAUACCGCACUCCAAGACACGUAGAUUAUGAAGAUCUAGAGCGUAAAUACUGGAAGAACUUGACUUUUGUGUCACCAAUUUAUGGAGCAGAUAUCAGUGGGAGCAUUUAUGAUGAAGGUGUUGAGGAAUGGAAUAUUGCCCGUCUUAAUACAAUAUUGGACGUUGUAGAAGAAGAGUGUGGAAUUACUAUUGAGGGUGUAAAUACACCAUAUCUAUAUUUUGGCAUGUGGAAAACGACAUUUCCAUGGCACACUGAAGACAUGGAUCUCUACAGUAUUAAUUAUCUCCAUUUUGGAGAGCCAAAGUCAUGGUAUGCUGUUCCUCCAGAGCAUGGGAGACGGCUUGAAAGACUAGCUCAAGGGUUCUUCCCAAGCAGCUGUCAAGAAUGUGAUGCUUUUCUUCGCCACAAAAUGAUUCUGAUUUCUCCAUCAAUAUUGAAAAAGUAUGGAAUUCCUUUUGACAAGGUUACACAAGAGGCAGGAGAAUUUAUGAUCACUUUCCCAUACGGAUACCAUGCAGGAUUUAACCAUGGUUUUAACUGUGCAGAGUCAACAAACUUUGCCACCGUACGAUGGAUUGAUUAUGGAAAAGCAGCAAAAUUGUGCACUUGUAGGGGAGACAUGGUGACACUACCCAUGGACAUCUUUGUGAGGAAGUUUCAACGAGAAAGAUACAAGCUGUGGAAACAGGGAAAGGAUUUCUACACCAUUGAUCAUACAAAACCAAUUCCUGAAUCAACACCUGAAGUAAAGGUCUGGCUACGGAGAAGAAAGAAAAUGAAGAAAAUUCCCAGCUGCUCCCAUUACACCAGAUCUCAAUCAAAAAUGCUUAAAACUCCAGAGGACAAGAGAGUAUCUGCUAUGGUAGCUGGUGCAGAAAUCAUAGCAACUGAAGCAGCGACUGAUGGCUUCAAGGUCAGUGAAGAACCUGGAAAAAAAAUGAGAGUGCUAAACACAGGAGUGCCUUCUGGGGAAGAAGAAAACAGUAGUAGGAUACGGCUGGAUCAACAUUUAUUGGAUAAUGUCAAGGUUGCAGGAAGCAACCAUUCAGGCUCAUUUUUGAGCUGUGUUCCUGUACUAGAAAAAACAAAAAUGGAAGAUGAGGACACGAGAGAUUCCAGUCAUCCUCUCUUUACAUUUGAAGAUUCUGUGGUCCACAUGCCUGCUUCUGAUAGCUGUAGAAAAGCAGAGAGCUUGAAAUCUAAGAAUCGGUUAAUUUCAUCCAUACCAUACUGCAAGUCAGGGGGAAAAACUUCUGAAAGAGAAAACCCAGAUAAAGAGGAAAAUGUCUCAGUAGAGGAUGAUGUCAGCAACCUGGAAAGCUGUGUAAGUAGCAUGGAACAUGGAGAAGUGCAUGUUGCAAAAAAAGAUGAAGAAGAUCGCAUUGAAACAUCCAGUUCAGUGCAAGUUGAAAGAAAGAAAAUAUCUAAGGGUUAUCAUCAUCCACUCAAAAAAUCCCCAGCUAGAUCUCCAAUGACUUUGGUUAAACAGCGAGCAACUAAUAAUGAAGAACUGCCUGAGACUUCCUUAAUUGAAGAGAAAGAGACAGAGAUAUGGGCCAAGCCUCUGGUCCACCUUUGGCAGACAAAAGUACCCAAUUUCGAUGCUGAAAAAAAAUACAAUGCAGCUUGUGCAAAAAAAGAACCGCACUGUGCCAUUUGCACUCUUUUCAUGCCGUACUACAAGCCAGACAAUCAUAAUGAAGGAAGUCCUGCUUUCAGGAAAGCAAACUCAGCAGAAACACUGAUGGCUGAAAAUGAAAAGACUAAACCUCUUAUUCCAGAGAUAUGUUUUAUUUAUGGUGAAGAAAACAUUGAAAACUUUCCAUCAAAUGCCUUAGUUGAAGAAGAUGGAACAAGUCUUCUGAUUUCCUGUGCUAAGUGUUGCAUACGGAUUCAUGCAAGUUGCUAUGGUGUUUUUCCUCAUGAAAUCCAUAAUGGAUGGUUGUGUUCUCGAUGCAGAGAAGAAGCCUGGAGAGCCGAAUGUUGUCUUUGCAAUUUGAGAGGUGGCGCAUUAAAGCAAACUACUGACAAGAAGUGGGCACAUGUAAUAUGUGCAAUUGCCAUCCCAGAAGUCAGAUUUGGUAAUAUCACAGAACGUACACCGAUAGAAACUAGCAGAAUACCUUUGCAAAGAUUAAAAUUGAGCUGUAUCUUCUGCAGACAGAGAAUUAAGAAAAUCUCUGGUGCCUGUGUUCAGUGUUCAUGUGGACGCUGCCUAACCUCCUUCCAUGUUACCUGUGCCCAUGCUGCAGGAGUGCAGAUGGAACCUGUUGACUGGCCACAUGUUCUCUACAUCACGUGUUUCAGGCACAAGAUCAACAAAAAUGCAAGACCUAAUACAUGUGACAAGGCCAUUGCAGUUGGGCAGACGGUCAUCGCAAAACAUAGAAAUACACGGUACUAUCGUUGCAGAGUUGUGGGAGUAACAUCUCAACUUUUCUAUGAAGUCACGUUUGAUGAUGGCUCUUUCAGUAUGGAUACUUUUCCUGAAGACAUUGUAAGCAGAGAUUGCCUAAGACUGGGGCCACCUGAAAAGGGAGAGGUUGUCCGGGUGAAAUGGUCUGAUGGAAAAUUGUAUGGUGCAAAGUAUAUGGGAACAAACACAGUGCACAUGUAUCAGACUUCUUGGACAACAUGAUGAAACCAGUUUAGUUUAAGGGGAAUGGAUUGGCAUGCGGAGGUUCAGUAAGGUUUGGAGUUCCUCAGCACAACAAUCAUGGGAGGUUGUAACAACCCCUCUCAUGGGGGAAAUAACAAAGAUUAAAGAUUAAAGGGAGUCCAGAUUGCACUGCAUAGGAUUUUGGAGACAAACAAGUAUUUCAAUCUGUAGGAUGAGAGAGGAGGCUUCUACAACAUGGGCACAGGUUACAGAAAGUCUGUGACAUAGAGGGUGCAAGGCUAACUUCAAGACACAUUAGUAGUUCUUCCUCUGGUCUUUCUAUGCAGCCUCUCUGAAAGCUCCCAGGACCCGUGCAUGCACAUACUCCAUUCUUCUUCUGAGUUGUGAGAUCUAUGCUGCACCUUUGAGAUUCAAGUCUUCUGUAUGACCUUUUAGAUGGUACAACAAAAGGAGAGACUGAAAAGGACUCUCUGAAAUGAGUAUUAUGAUUUAAUAAGGCAAGUCUCUUCUGCCUGGAUAAAUCUGUGUAUUUCCCUCAUAUUCAUGAGAUAUUUGUACCGAUUGUGACCAUAGUUGUGCAUGCAGGACACAGUGCACCAGAAUUUAUCAUCCAGCUUGACAUUUGCCACCCAGUAUCAUACACAAUCCCUAAACAGGCUUAUACAUGCUACAUGAAGCAGGUGUUCAACUGAAAUUGUUACUGUGAUCCACAUUUCUUGAUAAUUUUUGAUAUUGACAUUCACUAUUUAUUUUUGAGUUGCAUUUGAGAUUAAAUUAUUCAGUCACUCUAUUAAUUGCUUUCUAACAAUUUCAGCUGAGCCUUUAAUUUAUAAUUAAUUUAUUCCUGAUAAAAUCUCAUGGAGAGAAUAACAUAUUACACAGAGAGAGUACGGCAGCAGAAGUCCAAAUAAAAUAACUUCCUGGAUAAAAUUGAUGAUUUGAAAUUGCAGUCUGAAUUAAAUUGGAGCUAUUAGAGAUGGUGGGUUUAUAUUUUGCAUGAAUCAUAAUACUAUUGAAAGUCUUAGAGGAGCUCUUGUGUUUGCCUUUAACGGCAGGCAGAUUUAUUUCCUGUGUGGUAUGCUGAGUUAUAGCUGAAGAACUUCCAGUUACUCUUCACUGUAAAUGUUC